GAGGUCGCUUUGGUGUCUGUAGACGUCAACUCGCCAUGUUGUGUAGGUAAUAAUCUGCGCUGAAGGAGGCCGUAGACCUGCAGCAGCUGGAGUUGGGGGAUCCGCUGCUUGAUUUGGGGCAUGCUGGAUUCUGGGACCACUGACUGCACCAGAUCCAGAAACAUGGAACCUCCAGUCAACUUAUGUGUGAGCUGCAAGGGAGAGACGCAAAGCUUCCUUGUGUCAGAUUGUGAAAAGACAACUUGGGCCGACGUGGAGGCAAUGGUGCUCGUGUCGUUUGAUUUAAUUGACAUACAGAUAAAGUAUAUAGAUGAAGACAAUGAGGAGGUGUCUGUGAACAGUCAAGAUGAAUAUGAAGAAGCUUUAAAGAUUGCAGUAAAGCAGGGAGGAAUCCUUCAGAUGAUGGUGUAUGACAACAAUCAACAGUUUCAGGCCACCCGGUCCAUUAAGACAUCAGAGCCGGGUACAGCCACUGCAGUAUGUGCUGUCAAAAGAUCCUUGGCACAGUGUACCCUGGUACCUAGGUCAGCAGAACCGGAGAGGCAAAACGAAGAAACCUCUACAGUGAUAAUGGAACAGAGCAGUGCAACUUUGGAUGUUGUACCCUCUCAGUUUCCUCCAGAUUGGUUCAUCAGAUACAUGGACAGAUUUAAAGAGCAAAUCAUACAUGAAACAGUAGUAAAAGUAACAGAGGUAAUGAAGGAUAGACUGUCACAGAGCCCAGACUGGAUGUCAGACAGCAGUUCAUCUUCAGUGCCAGAAACAGAACAGACAAGUUCUCUGGGCUCCCUGUACGACUGGCUUUUGGCCUGCAAUAAUUGCAAAAAGAGGAUACUGGGCAUACGUUACCAGUGUAGCACUUGCCCAUCAUUCAGCAUCUGCGAGUCAUGUGAGGCUGGUGGAUGUGACCAUGAUCCCAACCACUUGUUUUUGAAAAUGAGGAGACCAUUGGAACCCAGUGCAGAAGAACCACAUCCACCACCUACCUUCUCCAUGGAUCACGUCAAAUUACAAAAACAAAUGCACAAGACAUUCCUGAAAGCAGAGAAAAGUCGUCUGAGAGCAGAAAAGAGGCAACGUAAAUCAGAAAUGAAGGAGCUGGAAAAGCAACUAAAACUCCAUCGUAGGUUCCAUCGUUGGCAUUCCUUAGACUCCCCAAACCCACCAACAGAGAUAUCGCCAAGCAGUCCUCUUGUAAUUCCCAUGGAACCUUGCACCCAAUUCAUCCCUACACUUAGUGCUGUGUUUGUGGAUGAGAAUUUACCUGAUGGGACUCACUUACAGCCUGGAACCAGGUUCAUCAAACACUGGAGGAUGAGGAACACAGGGAAUGUGAAAUGGAACAUGGACACAAAGCUGAAGUUCAUGUGGGGAAAUCUAACAUUGGCAUCCUCUUCCCGAAAAGAUGCUCCUGUACCAUCCUUGCUUCCUGGUCAAGUGGGCGUUCUGUCAGUGGAAUUUGUAGCUCCAGCACUGGAGGGAACCUACACCUCACACUGGAGGCUUGCACAUAAGGGUGAGCAGUUUGGACCUCGGAUCUGGUGUAGCAUUACGGUUGAUUCUCUUCCUUGUACGGACAACCUUGAUGAUCUGGCGAAAGAGAUGUCUUCCAUCAAAAUCAGUAGCCAGAAAGACCAAGAAGAGGAGGAAUACAGUGCUUCCCAGAUCAGGGGAUGUCCAGUUAAGGAGUCACUAACCACAACAUCCAGUCACUUGAGGAGCGCAGACAGUGACGGAGAAAUGUACAUUCCUUCUGUCGAUCUUCUCACGGCUCAGGAUUUACUAUCAUUUGAGUUGCUGGAUAUAAAUAUUGUCCAAGAGCUGGAGCGUGUUCCCCACAAUACACCUGUAGAUAUGACACCCUGUAUGUCUCCUCUGCCACAUGAUGGACCUUUAAUUGAAAAGCCAGGAUUGGGGCAAAUAAAAGAGGAGUGUGAUGGUGUUGUGAAAAAGUCUAAGGAAGAUGUGGAGGGUGGCAACACUCAGGAAGAAACAGAAGAGGACAUCAGUGGGACUCAGUUUGUAUGUGAAACAGUUAUGAGGAGUUUGACUCUGGAUGCAGCUCCAGACUACAAUCCACCACAAAAGAAGAAUUCCCCUCAUAGUUCCCAGCAGUCAUCACCACAAUCAAGUUUCUCCUACAGUAAGAAGUCUGAUGAUAUCGCUCAGAAGUCCUUCUCUGCGGAUUGUAGACAUGUUUCACAGCGUUCCACAGACACAGAUACACAAAAUCUGAAUCGGACAACUGAUACAGCAGUGACUGACAUCAAACCAGAUGAUCUGUAUGAAGUAGAGCAACCAAUCCCAGAGGAUAAUCAGAGAGAUGAAGUGGAAAGCCAGGCUUCCAGUGACACCUCUGAAGAUUACAUCAUCAUUCUACCUGAGUGCUUUGACACCAGCAAGCCUCUUGGGGAGUCCAUGUACUGCUCAGCCCUUUCUGAGUCCCAAGGUGACGUGGAGAUAGAAACAGAGGUCACAUUGGAUGAAGAGAUUUGUGAAGAUGGUGUCCCUGUCCUGACUCACACUAUUAAUGACAUGCUUACCACCUCACAGACUUUGGACACUGUACCUCUCACCCCAGAAGUACUGACGCCAUCGCCUUACCUAAGGUCCUCCCAGGAUGCGCCAGCAGUCUCUGAAGUUGUGGAAAACGUGAGGGUUGAACAUAUGGCAGCAUCAAUUCCUGAGCCAGCCGAGACAGCUCGAUAUGAGGCUGAAACGAGACCCCAGCCCUCAGAAGAUUUUUCUGCCCCCAGAGUGUGCUUUGAUCAGACAAGGCAAAUAACUAGAGGAAGUAUUGCAGGCGGUCUGGUGAAGGGAGCCCUGUCUGUGGCUGCAUCUGCCUACAAGGCUCUUUUUGUUGGUCAGCAAGAGAAUCCGAUGCCUCCAUGUUCAGAGGAUCAAUUUGAAGCCAUGAUGGCUGUGCUUAUAGAGAUGGGAUUCUGCAACCGACAACUCAACCAGCGACUUCUGCGAAAACAUAACGGCAACCUCAUGGAUGUGGUCACCGAACUUAUCCAGAUUAAUGAUAAUGACUGGUAUUCUGUCCGCUACUGAAGUAGAGGUCAUUAUUGGUUUCAGAGUAGAGACCAGACAUGGGCAGAGUGUAAUUUACCCUUUUUUGUUUACCUUUUAGUUCUUCUAUAUGUUUUUGUGUCCAAGUGUUUCUAUUUUAUAUCAUCUUUCCUGGCUUGGCUCAUGAAAGAUUGGCAGCCUAUCUGCAAAAUAUCUCGCUCUGGUCUGAAGACUGGAAAUGAUUGUGCAGUGCCAACCAGUCUGUUCACAUUCAGUGAUUGACUUCUGCUUACCUAGAAAGGCUGAUUAGAGCCGAAAAUUCGUAGAUCCUCUACGAGCAGAUAACAUUUCUUUAUGUGCUAAAAGAAAUUAGCAUUUGGUAUUUUGCUUCAUCUUUAUAAGAAAAUGUAUUUCACAUAUGCCUACUUAUUCUUUGAGUAAGGACAUUUCUUUCUUUGAAACCCAUUGUUGCCAGUCAUAGAACACAGAAGAUCUGUGCAAAACUGUUAAGAAUGUAAGUUUCAGACAAGUGCAACACAACAGGAUGUGCUCUUUUCAUUUGGACAUUAGGCCGUGGGUAAAGUUUUUAAAAUAUACUGUAGUCGUAAAAACAACCAUUAUAUAAAAUGUAGUUUACACAUCUAAUUUCAAUAGUGUUAUGAAAUCUGUCUUUAUAUUGGUUUGCUGCACACAAGUUUACAAUAGGUUUGCAGUGGCAUUGCCUGCUUUAUGAUGUGAUAGAGAGACAGUUUAGGGUGAGCAUCUACACUUUGGUUACCUUUGCUAGUAGUCCAAAGAGAAGGCUUCUGGAGAAGUGCUGUGUCCAGAUCUUUGUUCUCGGAUUUAUGUUUAAAUAUACUUCUUCCCAAAGAUUUCACAUUUGAGUAAAGAUUUUUUUUUUUUAUGUCACAAAGGAACUUAGUCACAUGUACCUGAUGGUCAUUUAAAAAAAAA